UAGGUGCAAAAUGCCGUCCCACGAGAGGGGAGUGGUUUCAAGUGGAACCUGGGAGGAGGGAUGAUUGCAACACAAAAGAGCAAGGGAAUAUGGGAGGUAGAAGAAAUUAAUCUUACCUUGAAAAUCUGCCUGCUUUACACACAGAGGUGAGCUGCCUGGCUGCCGCACCUCACCUACUGUGCAGGGCAGUGACUCAGGCAGGAAGAGGUGUUCACAUUGCCUCCCAGGCCGGGCUGGAGAAAGGAAUUUACUCAACCGUCCCGGGAAGGCUUUGAGAAACUCAUCUUUUAUCCAGUUACCAAGAACCUGAAACAAACUCCCCCCUGUGCUGCUCAGCCCGCAGAGCACGGACUUGUCUUCCCGAUGCCUAACCCCGCCUGGCUGGGGGCUGUGCUCGUCCUUGGGGUACAGCUCCGAGCACUGUGGCCUGUUGCAGCCAUAGAAGUUUAUACUUCUAAGGAGGUGGUUGCUGUGAAUGGAACUAACCCACGGCUCAAAUGCACCUUCUCCAGCAGCAGCCCUAUUAGCCCACUGCUGUCGGUGACCUGGAACUUCCAGCCUGAGGACCUGAGCUCUCAUGAGCCAGUAUUUUAUUAUCUCAAGGAGCCCUACACGCCAUCCGCUGGGCGGUUCAAAGGGCGAGUCACUUGGGAUGGGAAUAUUGAGCGGUAUGAUGCUUCCAUCAUUAUCUGGAAUUUACAGCCCACUGACAAUGGAACAUUCACCUGCCAAGUGAAGAACCCACGAGACAUCGAUGGCACCAUUGGAGAAGUGCGACUCAGAGUUGUGCAGAAAGUGAAUUUCUCAGAAAUCCACUUCCUUGCUAUAGCCAUUGGGGCUGCGUGUGGUCUGAUGAUCAUCGUGGUGACAGUUGUGAUUGUCUGUCGACAUCGUCGGAAGAAAAAGCAAGCAAAGACAAUCGAGGUGGCAGACACUGAACUCAGUAGAGAAAAAGAGAAGCUGAAGAAUAUAGAAGAAAAGGAAAUCACUCCAUUAGAAGACUAGAGGUCUCUGAUAGCAUAUACAUUGCAGGUACUUCUAAAGCAGAUGGUAAAAGCUUGUAAUUUUGGAUCUUAGUACCAUGCUGAAUUACAGACGCCUGAUGCUAGAAGUGUGGUAUCCCUGCUCAACCUGUAAUUCCUGCAGGAAAAGAGAGUGACCAUAACAUAAGUUAUAAAGUGUUAUUUCCUUCACUGAAGAACAACAAGAGGCCCUUGUCCCAUGAACAAGGAACUGUCCUUAAUCUCCAUGGUUGCCAAAUGUGAACAAAUUGGUUGUGAGGAUGAAACGUCAGCCGGUUUGAACGAGAUGAGUGACUGGAUAGAUAUUUGCUGAGCACCUUAAAAAACAAAAGGUCCAUUUGUGCUGCCAGAUUAUCGCACCCUGUUAUCACCUAAAGGAAGACCAUUGGGUGAGGGAUCGGAGGAGCUGCUACAAUGUACUUUUAGCCUCUUUGCUACUCUAAGUGGAAAGUGUUACAGAUAAGCAAUGUCUGCAGUUUCUUGUUAGGGAUAACUGGACCUGGGGGUGUAUUUUUCACUCUAGUAGGCUUUGUCCUUGGGAUAGCUGAGAAAACAUCCUCCCACUGACACAGCUCUGUUUAUAUGGAUGCUGCUUAUAUACCACCAGCACAUCUCACUCCUGUCAGUCCAUCUAUUCAACUCAUACCCUGUAUUUCCAUCAAACCUCAAGCAAACGGAACCCCAGCUCACUAAAACCGCUGAGCUAUUCCAGUGUUUAACCAACACUAAAUCAAAAUAUCAGCCUGUUUAUUUAAAGUGUAACUUUAUGGCUUUAUAACUCCGCGUGUAACACGCUGAGCGCGUUAUCUGUUUGUACAGUUUUGUUUUGUGUCACGUUCGUCAUAAAUAAACUCGGUUUGUGGAUAGAA